AUGAUAUAGAUGAAUAUAAUGGAGAAAUAGCUAAGAAUCAAACCACAACCCAUAUUUCUGUAGAUGUCGAUAGUAAUACUUUUAAUAGUGUUAAGCUUAAUGAGCCUAUCGUUAAUAUUCGUAAUGGUACUGGAUCAAGUGUGUGUUAUAAAUCAAAAUUUAGAGAAACAUCAGAGUUUAUUUCAAUAAAAGCAACCAUGACUCCUGGAAUAUCUGCUACUUCAUAUAUUGAAAUUGAAACAUUGCAGGAAUUACUCACUAGCCGAAAGGAUGAUAUUGAUGAUUUACUAAAAUCGCAGUCCGUGUAUGCUAUAGGAAUUGACUUUAAAUAUGGCUCACUCAGGCCAUGUAUUUCUUGCUGGGUUGCCAAACCAUUAGACAUUUCAAUCCUGGAAUUACUUGAAGCCAUGUUUGACAAUAAGUAUGAAGCUAUAUACCAAAUAUCGAUCCCUGAUAAAAGUGAAAUUAAUCAGAUUUUAAGUGAACCAUCAAGUAUUUGUGAUCAAAUUGCCGAAGAAAGUGUUUAUACUAAUAAUAUUGUUAUCACCUCUGAUGCAAUCGUUAAUGCUUUAGACCCAAAGUUUUUUCAAAAAUUUGCCAUUGCUGCUCGUCUCCAUGCUAAAUUUUCUUCUCCUAAAUUAGAAUAUGAAAUUGAUGUAUAUCUUUGCAAUACAGGAACAAUGCUUAGUGCUCAAUUGCCAUUAUUUAAAAAACGCGGUUUUGGAUAUUUCCUUGAUUCUGUUGAUGUUUGUGUUUCCCCUAUUCCAUGCACACCUAAUGUUAUGAAUAGUAUGUUUACAUCAAUGGACACUCCAUAUCCACAACAGUUCAAUAGGACUGUUGAAAUUUCAAAUGAUCGUGAAACAUCCAUUGAAGGAGAAAUUGUCACAUCAGAAGAGUGGGUAGUGAAUUAUAGUGGCUGCCAUACUACUGGGAAUUCUUGGUCACAUCGAUAUUCCGCUAACAGCCUUGACAAAAAUGGUAUCCACAGAACAAGUUAUGUUCCUGAACGUCAUUCCGCCAAGUGGCGUACCAAAAAAAAUAUGAGUGGAUUUCGUAUCACUAUUACUCAAGUAUUACGCUAUAAGAUUGUCCAUUUUUUAAAAGUCUUUAAACCGAAACCGGAGUUAAUACCAUGCCCUGUUAUCGCACAUAAUCUUGAAAUAACUUUUAACGAUUUUGAAGAUUUCAAUGCAAAAUUUGCGAAAUUAGCAAAAGCCAAUGAUGGUUACUAUGAUAACGAUGACGAUAUUAAAAUUGAAAAUACACAUAUUCAGGAUUUGGAUGGAAAAACCAAAAUCAACCGUUCAUUUGUACCAAGGGACUAA